AUGUCCUGCGGGAGGAAGACGAGGGACGGGGUGGAAUCGAGGAGGGAGGGGGAGGGGAUAGCGAGCGAGGAGGAAUUUCAGCAGAAGCAGCAGCAACGUGGAAGGGCGAGGGCGGAAUGGAAUGGAAUUGAGGGAGGGGAGGGGAGGAGGGAGCUUGGGGAUGGGGGCGGGAUUACAAUUAGGGCAUGGAGGGGAGGGGCAAGGAGGAGGAAGAAGAGGAAGAAGAAGAAGAAGAAGAAGAAGGGUCCUACUAAACUACGAAUUCGAGGAAGAGCAGGAGAGAGAGCGAGAGAGAAAGCAAAGGGAGAGAGCCAGAAGAGAAAGUUCGAUACAGACAGACAGACAGAGAAAAAAAGAGAAAGAGAGACAGAGAAAGAGAGAAAGGUGGAGAGAGCGAGGGACACGGGGACAGCGACACCAAGAAGAAGACCAGGGCAGGAUGGGACCAGGGCAGGAUGCCCAAGGGGUGGGCAGGGAGGGAACCAAUCAACCAGCCGUGUGAGAGAGCAGAAGAGCGCUGGAGAAAGAGAGAGAGCAGGAGGAGAGUCAAAGGGAGAGAGCUGGAACUAG